AUGCGCGGGCACUUUGUCGAGAUCGGGAACCCAGAGGCUGAAUGGCAGAGCCUCGCGUACAGCGCAGCGUUCGAGUCCCACAUUGCCAAGCAAGUUGAGUGGGUGCUCGUCGACUGCGGGAAGCCUCGUCUUGACGACUUCCGGUUCCAUGGCUAUACCGCAGCGGACCGCUGCCACCGCUGCCACCGCUACUUCACCAACACCCGGAAGAGCUUGUCGGCAUGCCGGACGAAUGCACGCAUGAAUUGCCACCGCCCACGGACUGCCAUCAAAGACUUUUUCGGCACUGGUGCGGAAAGGCGCUGCCGCACAUGCUACCGCGUCGAAAUCUGGGAGCGCGAAGGGGAGCUACCUCCUGACCACCGCCACACGACCGUGGCACACAAAAUGUACAACGACCCGCACUGCGCUGCUUGGCAGGAUGAGCUCGUCGGUGCACAGCGCCGCCUCUCUGAGAAAUUCGCCGGGAAACUGGGUAAACCUUGCCAACGAUGCUUUAGGCAUCAGUUGAACCACAACGUGGAGCUCUGGAAGCCCUCAGAGACCGAGAAGUACCUGGAGUCAUUGAGGAAAAGCUGGGAAAGAAGAUACCCGCCGAAAUCCCGCAUGUGUCGAGUGGUUCGCGGCCACAGGGAAGCUGCAAAAGAGGCGCCACCACGGUUUCGACGGCGAUCAGACGCAGAGGUGGCAGAGGUGGCAGAGGUGGCUACCUCUCGGGGACAGUCUUUUCCGCAGAUCGGUCGUAGUACCGACUGGACGCUCGUGUCCGUGCAGCUCCCUGGAGUCAUGGGACGGGACGCAGCGCUCGACACAACAAUGUGUACGGACCACUACUCGAUUGCUGCUGUCAUCUUGGUCAUGUACCAAGAGCGAGCACAGGCUACGAAGCUCCUGGGCGGACGGUUCAUAUUCGAGACCCUCAAACUACCUAUCUGGCCAAGCUCGGCAGACCACCUCAUCAAGGGCGACAGCCAACCCACUUUCGACUUUGUCGUCCGUCAGACUAUUAUCCAGAUCCUUGUGAAAGACUACGCCGCGGAUCCUCUCUACCGUUCGCAAAUGUCCGGGGAUGACGUGAACAGGCAGCACUCUACAUACCGACAACUCAUAAACGCGCUCUGCGACAUGCUCGGGAUCAAAGAUAGCGCCCGUGAUCACCUUCUCCGCCAGGUACAAUAUCACGACCCGACCCGUGUGAUCUCCAAGUCACGCCUUGGCCACCGUCUUGGUGAUCGCCAGAGCCCAGUACCAGAGUUCUACGACCUGGUUUUACUCUGGGCAGCUGGCCUUGGCAAGCUGGACCGCCCACUCGUGAAUGCUCUCGCGCAGGAGACCGUCAGACUACCGACCUGGCCAAGCUCGGCAGAUUGCGUCAUAGAGGGCGACGUCCAUACCCAUGGGCCGGAGGAUUCGAUCGCCGUCGCUUCCUGGAACGGCACGGAGGUUCCCGCCAAGCGACAGAAGCUCGCGACACCAGCGCCCCAUCAUCAUCACCACAAUAAUAAUUGCGACCAUGACACUGAAUCUGGUGAUGAUAGCGACGACGACGACGAUGAUGAGGAUUUCACGGCAUAUCUCGCACUGAUUGAUGAGAUCCUGGCAGAAGCGUGCAGUGUGACCGACGAGCCGGGCGAGGCGGAUGAUAGUGAUGCCAAUAGUGAUCAUGAGUUUGACGACGGUGAUUCUACACUGGAUACAAAGCCCACUGACAGAAAGACGAGACAAAAGGCAUUCCGCCUGACUCCAACCAUGAUCUGGCAGCUGGAGCGGGAGUACCCGGAUAGGGAUCCCAUGAGCUCCGUACGGCCAGUGACUGAUGCCUCAAGGAUAUGCCGGGAGAACUUUACAAAGCUCCGGAGCAUCUCUCCGCGGACAUGGGCAGCACUCCAGACCUGGGAUCCCAGGAAGCUGGCAAAGGUUCUACUGGCAGCCAUGCCUCCUGAGAUGAUCGAGCUGGGAGGUACAGCUGACAUCACUGCUCGUGAUUUGCUCGGUGCUGCAUGUAAGGUGUCAUUCCAUGAAAAGCGAAUCGGCGUAUACAUGGACGUGCUUGACGCCGUUGAGCCAAACAAAAAUCCGGAUACUUACGUCGGCUCUGCUGGGGGGCAGAGCGGGCUAAGUGGUCGGACCAAGACGUACCAUAGGGUCUACAAAACCCCACGGGGCAAAACAUACUCCGGCAUCAGCCCGGAAUCGCACCAUGGGCAAGUAGCGUCAGGGCGCAAGCCACAUCUCCUAACACUCUCGUUGUUCGACCGAUUGCAACCCGACGCCAACAUUCCAUAUCAACUAGCUGAAGGCUUCCAGUGCCUGUUCUGGGGAACCCUGCAGAGACACGCGAGCAGUUAA